UUUUGUCCGACAUCUUAGCGCGGUCGUAGUGUUCGCCGCUGCUCUCCGAGCUUCGCAAUGCCCCCCAAGGACGACAAGAAGAAGAAAGACGCCGGAAAGUCGGCCAAGAAAGACAAAGACCCAGUGAACAAAUCCGGGGGCAAGGCCAAAAAGAAGAAGUGGUCCAAAGGCAAAGUUCGGGACAAGCUCAAUAACUUGGUCUUGUUUGACAAAGCUACCUAUGACAAACUCUGUAAGGAAGUGCCCAACUAUAAGCUUAUAACUCCAGCUGUGGGGAGGCAGGAGGAAAUAGAAGAGAAAAACUGA